CUCUAAAUGGAGGGGAGGGGAGGGGAGUUAGGUCAGAUCUUCUCACCAACUACACUGCCGAAUCGAAGUAACGGGGGGGGAACGACUUUUCUUUCUUCUCAGCUAUAAAGUAUAAACAACCCACCAGCCACCUGGUCCUCCCCCUUCCUCCGGGUCUCUCCUCUCUCCACAAUCUGUAACAUAUACACAAUCACAGAGUCUCAGUGAGAGAGGGAAAGAGAAGCAAGCAGUAGUCAAAUGGGUUGUGGGAACUUCUUCAUCAUGCUGGUGGCCCUCUCGGUGGCUCUUAUCACUUACAACAUCCUCAUCUCCGCCAACGUCCCGCUGAUGCUCGACCUCCCGGGCCCGUCCAACUCGAGCCCUCCGUCAAAGAUAUCGGUUGACCCGGUCAUCGAGAUGCCGAUCGAGAGGUCGUCCAGGCGGUUCGGGGGGCAGCAGCAGCAGCGGAAGAGGAUGUUCCACACGGCGGUGACCGCUUCCGAUUCCGUCUACAACACGUGGCAGUGCCGGGUGAUGUACUACUGGUUCAGGAAGCACAGGGACGGUCCCAAUUCGGAGAUGGGCGGGUUCACGAGGAUUCUGCACUCUGGGAAGGCUGACAAGUUCAUGGACGAGAUCCCCACCUUCGUUGCUCAGCCUCUCCCUUCUGGGAUGGAUCAGGGUUAUAUAGUCCUGAACAGACCAUGGGCGUUCGUGCAGUGGCUCCAACAAGCAGAGAUUAAAGAAGAUUACAUACUGAUGGCAGAACCCGAUCAUAUUAUUGUGAAGCCGAUACCGAACUUAUCAAGAGAUGGGCUUGGAGCUGCCUUUCCUUUCUUCUAUAUUGAGCCUAAAAAGUAUGAGAGUACUCUCCGGAAGUUCUUUCCUGUGGAGAAAGGACCAAUAACCAACAUUGACCCAAUCGGAAAUUCCCCUGUUAUUGUUGGAAAGGAGUCUCUCAAGAAGAUUGCUUCAACAUGGAUGAAUGUUUCGUUGGCAAUGAAGAAGGAUCCUGAAGCGGAUAAAGCUUUUGGUUGGGUUCUCGAAAUGUAUGCUUAUGCUGUAUCUUCAGCUCUGCAUGGUGUUGGUAACAUUCUAUACAAGGAUUUCAUGAUUCAGCCUCCAUGGGACACAGAGUUGGGGGAGAAGUUCAUAAUUCAUUACACUUACGGAUGUGACUAUAAUAUGAAGGGUGAGUUAACCUAUGGAAAGAUUGGAGAGUGGAGGUUUGACAAGAGAUCAUUUGAUCAAGUUGCUCCUCCGAGAAACCUUCGGCUGCCUCCAACUGGCGUGCCCGAAAGUGUGGUGACGUUGGUGAAAAUGGUAAAUGAGGCGACGGCUAACAUCCCGAACUGGGGCUCCUGAAGAUAAAUUCCACUUUGCAACUUUUACAGGGUAAAGAGAUGGUUACCAAAUCAGUGAAGGUACCGGUGAAAAUAAAAUUCAAAAGAAUUUCGUGGAGCUUUAGACAAAGAAAAGCGUUCUGACUAGUUAUCUCCUGAGACUUAAGCAUACCAAAGAGCAGAGCCAAUGCCUGAGCCUAUGCCGACUGUAAUGUAACUCUUGGAUGUUGUGGGGUUCAAAGGGUAUGAAGCGAAUGAAGUUGUAAUUUCUUUGUUCACAAGUGUAUUUGACGCAGAGCGGAUCACGAUUACUCGCGCCUAAAUCUGAAUUUAGACAUAUCUGAAAUAAAAAUUGAAAAUUUGGGUAUUA